AUCAGCAGCUGCUUGAGCUGCGAGACUCCAUCGCCCCACUCUGCCGGUGCAAGGCGGUUCACUGCCCCUCUCUGGUUUGUCACACAUCUCACGUGGAUGAGCAGUUGGUGCAGCUCAUUCACUCCAUUGCCCCGCUCUGCCGAAUGAUGCCCCUUGCUGCUGCUUCCCACAUCCCAUCACACGUGGAUGAGCAGUUGCUGCAGCUCAUAGACUCCAUCGCCCCGCUCUGCUGUCCCAUGACUCCCGAGGAAGUAAGGCGCUUGGGCAGGGGCAUGCGGCGGUUAAAGCCCAACGCAAUGGCGAGGCUGCUGGAGAUCAUUGAGGAGCCCUCUCGCUUCCUCCCUUCCUCACUCCCUUUCACUCCCUUUCACUCCCUCUCUUUCCUGUGUCCCACUCCCUGUUACCGUCCAGUCCCAUGA